AUUUUCCUAAGCCUUGCUACAGUCAACUUCACCACUAGUCUCCUCCAGCACCUUAGUUUUGUUGUGAUGGGUGAAAACUUGAUGUGUGUUCGAAAUAGUUAUGUGCUGUAAGCUUAGUACUGAGAUGCAUUACUUCAAAUGCAAUGCUGAAUUUAUAGAUGCUAUGGGAGUAGUCUGUACAAAAGGUGCGAAGUGGUACAAUGGGCUGGUGGAUACAUUUAUUUUGGAGCUGUUGGAUUGCAUAGUGGAAUGUAAGCGAAGGGAUCUGCUGCAUCAGGUGAUCUUUCUCGGUCAUGCAUAGGUUGUUAAUGUAUGGGAUGCGGGGGAGCUACUUUGCUGGUGGAGUUUGUUACUAUGUUGGAUUGUCACUUACUCAUCAGCUGGCUUUUAUUGGUCGUAUAGGUAAGGACAGCCUAUAAGUCGUCAAACUUUUCAUUUGUCGCCUUAUCUAUUCACAAGGUUCCACUUUAUUUCUUGAUGACCUAGCAAUUUGACUAUCCAACUCCCUUGCAUAUGCAGAAACAUUCAUCGCUUGCAUUGUGGUCUCGCUCAUCGUAUCUUGGAGGCUUGCUAUUGCUUCUCUUCCCUUAAUGGUGUUGUUUGCCGGUCCCUGUCUUAUGUUUGGGAAGAUCAUGACUGAUUUCACUGAUACAGAAGCUUGAAACGUAUGCCAUUUCCGGUGGCAUUGCAGAACAAGCAAUAUCUACAAUCAGAACUGUAUACUCUUGUGUAGCAGAACGUCAAACACUGGAGAAGUUCAGCAAUGCCCUUCAGAAGACCCUGGAAUUGGGCAUUAAGCAAGACCUUGCCAAGAGGAUUAUGAUGAGGUGCAUUGGAAUUUCUUACUUGGGAUGGCCUGUUGAGGCUUGGUUUGAUGCUUAUCUGGCGACUUAAAAUGUACAAAAGGAUGGCUCCUUUGUUGUGCCUCAGUGAAUGUCAUCAUUGCAGGAAUGUGAGUUAUCGGUUAUCUUUAGUUUGAUUGCAUUUCGAGUCCAUGAUUUCGGUUGUCAGCUUUGGGAUUCAUUUCAUUCAUCUGUGACCCUGCAGGAGUAUAAUGAUUUUUUGCCUAAUCUAGCAUUACAGAAGCAAGUGCAGCUGUGAUUAACCACAGAACCAUAACUUUCUUUUAAUCCCAGAAGAGAAUUCUUGGCCUCUUCAAGUCCACCCUUGAGAGGACCUAAAGAGGAGAGUUUUAGACAUUCUUAUUUUUCAGACAAUUGGCUCUCAAUUCGUCAAUAAGGCCUCAAUUGCUUUACGUUAGUGGUAUGUUGGGAGGCUUCUGACAGAGUGGCUGAUCGUAGCCAACAGCUCUUCUUCCAAUCAUAUCUUGCAGUUGUCUUCUCUGCUUAUGUAAUUGCAGAAUCUGGAAGUAUGACCAGUGACAUAUCUUAGGCUGGACUGCAGUUCAUGCUGUGUACAAGAUCAUGGACAGGAACAGUCAAAGAGCUCCCAGAAAUCGUCCUCUAAAAAGGAGUUCAAAGACUUCUUCUUCGAGUAUCCAACACGACCCGACUCGAUAAUAUUGAAGGGCCUCUACCUGAAGAUUGAACCAGGAAAGACCAUAGCACUUGUUUGGCCAAGUGGGUCCGAGAAAUCGACAAUCAUUGCUAUCAUUGAGAAGUUCGACGACCCUUGAUGGGCAGAAAGAGCUACAACCUUAGAUGGCUGAGAUCUCAUUUCGUUGGUGAGGCAGGAGCCAAGCUUGUUUUCAGGAACUAUCCAAGUAAACAUUGCCUACGGUAAGCAGGAUGCACAAGAAUCGGAGAUAAAAAAAAUUUAUAUGCAUCUCUUGCCAAGGCUCAUGCAGUUAUCAGGUGAACAUAAUCGUACUGUCCAAAUCCUGGUUUUGAGUACUUCUGUAUACAGCUCCACAAACCUCAGGCUUCUGAUGAUGAUGCAUAUAUUUUUGGGUAUGGCGCAGCAGAUUGAGCGAGGGUUGUGGCACAUAUUGUGGAGAAAGACGAGUUCAGUUAUCCGGCGGCCAGAAACAAAGUAAGGGUGCAAUUGCCUGAGCCAUACUGAUUACUGAAGAAUCCAAAAGUCCUGCAGGAUGUAUUGCUAUUUCGUUCCACGAGCGCACCAAGCAUGUGGAGAUGGAUUGCUAUUUCGUUCGUGUGCAGUCUGCUGAUAUCCAGCCGCAAAAGAUUAUUUUACAGGAUGAGGCAAUGAGUACUGCCCUCUACACUGUCUCGGAGAACUUGGUCCAAGAGGCAUUGGAAAGAAUGGUGGCUGGCAGAACUUGCAUGAUGGUGGCUCACCGCGGCUCUCUUCAGAAUUCCGACAGCAUUGCAGUGAUCAAGAAUGGCCAAGUUGCAGAGGAAGUAUAUCACAUAAUGAGCUCAUGUCGUUAGGACAGGAAGGAGUUUUAGUCUCUCAUCAGUUGACAGAACCAGGAUAUAUACGAGCUCAUGUUCCUUAUUCACAAUUAGUUUCUUGUAACCAUGGGACAUUUUUCUAGUUCUUGAUGAACCUGAAAUUUUUAUAUGGCUUGAUCAAAUCAAAGAUUCCAACUUCGACAAAGCUGCUUCACUCCAUUAUAUCUCAUCUUCACCGUAGAAGCACCUAACCUACAAACUACCCCACUCCAGUUGUACAAUCUUUUACACAAUCGAGAGGAGAGAGAGAUAAGUGAAGUUGCAGACCUGUAACUUAUUGAUUUGGCAGGGAGAGAAUGUAAUUGGUUGGAGCUUCUGUGUUCAAUCAAGGUUGGAAUUUCUGGGUUCAAUUAAGUUUUGAGUUAAGAAUUUUUCAAAUCUUAUUUUUUCUUCGGGAAAGAAAGUUAGCAUCACAACAAUAAAUAAUUAUUAAAUUUUAUUAUUAUAAACAUUUAAAUUGAGUCUAAAUGAACAUAAUAAAACAUUUGGCCGUUAGAAAGGAACAAAGCAACAUUAAUUUUUUAUUCUUCCAAAUUUAUUUGUGUAAUACCGACAUAGUAGCUUUACAUUUAUUUCAUUGUCGUGACUCUUAAGAUCAAGUUUUUAGGAAAAAAAUUGCCCCAACAACAUUCAGUCCCAUGCAUAGGCUUUAGAAAAAGCAAGACCAUUUGAGCUAAAAUAAAUCCCAUCAUCCCUAACCGACCAAUAACAAUGCCUCCGCGGUCCGAUGCAUGCUUUCUCGUCUCUUCUAGCAAUGAACGCAUACCAAUCCUUCUUCUUUUGUCCGUAACUUGAGAAACACUCGAAUUAGUGCUGUGAGUGACAUUCACUUCAAACUGCCAUGUCUGCGAUGCACCCGGAGCUAGAGACCUCUGACCCAGAUCGUUAUCAGACGAAUAACAAUGAUUGGAUAAUGUAUCGCUCGUCAGAUCGUUUUUUACAUCCACGUGAUAAUAUGCCAGCAAACGAUCAGAUUGAGCGCUUGUUGUUGACAAUAAUAAGCUUAUUGUGAGCAUGAAUGUAGUAACCCACAAACUCAUUACACUCAUUCUCAUGUUUAGUUUAGUUUUUUUUUUUUUUUUUUUUUGUGGAUUGUAUGUGGAUUGUUGUGAUGGUCAUAGAUGAAGAUUGUUUAUAUAGUUGAUUCACCAUCUUGGAAAGGGAACAAGGUUUUAAUAGGGAAGACAAAGGCAACGUACAUAGUUAUAUCUUUGUAGGCGUUUGUAUUCCAACAAUUUGGACAAAUAUUUACACUUUGUUAUGAAACUAAUAAAAAUAUAAACAACUAAAAGAGAAGAUUAGAGAGGAAAAGACACAAGAGAAGAGAGGGGAAGAGUUCUUCUUAUUCAUCCUAUCUCUUUUGAUACAAUGGUGUGCUUUAUUUAUAGGCACACCUUGAUAACCACUACAUCCUUAUAUCAAUGAGAGAUAAUGAAACAUAAAGGAGCUAUCAAAUGUAGGAAUGGGGGUUACAUGUAACUCCCAAGUGAGCAUCUAAUGUGGUAAUGGCAAUGGUCAUCCAUAUAUCAAUAUUUACAUAAUACUCCCCCUUGGAUGACCACUAGAUUGCAUUACGCUAUCUCAUACUGCCUCGUUAAAAACCUUACCAGGAAAACCCAGUGGGAAAAAACCAUGGUUAAGGGAAAAAGAGUGCAGUGCGUAUAUGCUCCCCCUCAUGACCACAUCACUUCAAAUCUUUGAGUCGUUGAACUCAAAAUUCACGAACAACUUUUACAAAGAUUGUUGUCGGGAGUGAGUUAGUGAACAAUCUUCUAAAUUGUCAAUUUGAUGCAUGAUCUUUAGAUUUCUUCAUACAUGAUCAUUAGGAUCAUUUCAUUUGAAAAUAGUUCACAACCACAAGUACUUGAGAUAUGGUGGAUCACAAAUUAAAGUGCAACGGAAGA